AUGUCUUCACCGUAUCCGAACCAGGCGCCGCCAUCACCGCCAGAGAGCCCCUCUGAAGCCACCGUCCAAGUCUACGCUCUUUCGGCUGGUCAUUUCUCGCUUCCGGAGCGUUUCUUUGUACAUCCAGCCUCGCAGACCGCCCGGAGAAUCGUUCCCUCUUUGUCUUUCCUGAUAAUCCAUCAAGAUCAAGAGACGGGCCAAACAACACGCAUAGUUUUCGACCUAGGUCUCCGUCGCGACACCAAUCGAUACUCACCACCGAUUCGGAAACAUGUCGAGACGAGACAGCCCAUGACAACACUUCCCGAUGUGACUGCCAGUCUCGCUGCGGGCGGACUGACACCCGACGACAUUCAUUAUGUCAUCUACUCACAUGUCCAUUGGGAUCAUGUGGGGGAACCUCGCGACUUCACCAAAAGUACAUUUGUGAUCGGGAGCGGUGCGAAUGCUUUGCUACAAGGUCAUGGGUCAUUACGAGGAAGUCACUCAUUCUUCGAAUCCGAUUUGCUACCCGCUGAAAGAACAAUUGAGCUUUCCAAUCCCUACGAGGAUAUAGAGGAAGAAACCAAGAAACAAAGCUUAGAUUCCUACGGUCCAGACUUUAUCCAAGAAUGGAGGGCUUACGGGAACUUACCUCGAGUCCUCGACAUAUUCCGUGACGGCAGUCUCCUCAUCGUUGAUGCCCCAGGUCAUCUUCCCGGCCACAUUAACCUGCUGGCACGGACUGGCCCUACAAGCAGCGUCUACUUGGCUGGAGAUGCGUGCCAUGAUAGGCGGAUUAUGAGGAACGAAAGACAGAUCGGGGAGUGGCUUGACGAACAUGGACAUAUAUGUUGUAUCCACGCGGACAAGAAACUGGCGGAGCAAACCAUUGAACGGAUCCAAACUCUGGAGUCGAAUGGAGUCGAGGUGAUCUUUGCGCACGAUUUUGAGCUUGAGCAAUGGGAUGAAUCCUGGGAGAGCAUCGCAAAGCUCGGCCUGGAGUUGUUCGAAGCCAGCGUCAACCUCAUCGCCGUACCAAAGAAGAAGAAAUAUCUGUCUCCCAAGAUCCAGGAACUCAUGUGGAUCGCUGUUGAUGCUGCUUCAACUCAUCUCUACGUUCCCGGGAUUUGCAAACAUAUUGAUGCCGCCUUCAAAGAGGGGGCAACUCCAGCUGAGAUAAUUGAGGUGAUUGAAAAGACGGAGGAGGGCAUAUAUGACACACACGAUACUGUCGGCAAACCUUUUGAUGAGAAGCGAGAGAAGUUGAAAGCAGACUUUACGAAGAACAGAGGGUGCUGGCAUCCUUUCUGCGAGGAUUUCCUAGCGCUGGAUCCGGAAUUCUUUCAGGAGUAUUUGAAUUUCUCAUCUGUACCCCAGCUGAAGGAUGUAGACAGCUCGGGUAAAGGGUGUGGCGGGUUGGAGCCCAAGGUAAAAGAGUCCGUAUACUGCGCGUUCGAUGCUGCCGCUACCCACCUUUAUGUCCCAGGAUUAAAGUUGCACAUGAAAAAGGUCCUGAAGUAUGGCGGAACACUGGAAGAAAUCAUGGAGAUUUUGGAAAUUGCAACUCAGCCCAGUCUGCAUACGUCGAAUUGUCGGUGCGCCCAUCCUGGCAGAACGAUUGGACAAAUCAUGACCAGGAUGAGCGAGGGCCGCCAACAGAGUCGCACUAAGCUGAUUCCACUUCUACGCUCUCAAGACGAGCUUCGGCAGACAGCCCUAAGCGACCAUCGCUCAGUCGCCAACCUUCUCCAACGACCUGUCCAGCAGGUAAAUGCCGAUUGGAGAAACCCCAAUCUCCGCAUCCUUCAUGGCAUGGACGCUGCGGUUACAUCGACCGUUGGCAGCUAG